AUAAUAAUUAAUAAAUAAAUAAUAAUCCUAUAAAUUAUAAAUUGUUUUUAUUUAUAUAUUAUACAUUUAAUAAUUUAAAAUAAUACACUAUUAAUAUAAAAUAAUGGAAGAAUUUGUAUUCAAUCAUUCUAGCAAACCAGCUUAUUUAAAAAGUGCAGGUGAACUCAAUGAUUUAACAAUCGUUGAUGAAACUAAAGCACCAAAAUUAUUUCAAAAAAUUCAAAUUAAAAAUAUUGAAUUAAAGAAUAGAGUUGUAGUAAGUCCAAUGUGCACUUAUUCAUCAUACAAUAAUGGGUAUGCUAACGAUUGGCAUUUCUCACAUUAUACCUCAUUGGCCAAAGGAGGUCCAGGUUUAAUCAUUGUCGAAGCAUCUGCUGUUGUACCAGAAGGUCGUAUCACAUAUGGUGAUCUUGGUCUAUGGGAAGAUGGUCAAAUUAAAAACUUAAAGAGAAUAAAUGACUUUGCUCAUCAAUUUGGUGUUAAAAUGGGUAUCCAAAUUGCUCAUAGUGGACGUAAAGGUAGUAGUCAUCCAAUCUUUUUAGACGGUUCAAAGAAUGCUAUUCCACCAACCGAUUCACGUGGUUGGGUUGUUAAAGGUCCAUCACCUAUUGCAUGGAGUGAUACCAUGUCUGUACCAUUAGAAAUGACAACUCAAGAUAUAAAAGAUGCAAUAGAGGCAUUCAAACAAUCUGCUAGAAGAUCAGUUGAAGCUGGCUACGAUUUUUUAGAAAUUCAUAGUGCUCACGGUUAUCUCUUAUCAUCAUUUUUAUCACCAACAUCAAAUAAACGUACUGACGAAUAUACAGGUAGCACUUUUGAAGGUAGAAUUAAAUUAUUAUUAGAUAUUAUUCAAGCAGUUCGUACAGUUUGGACCACAGAAAGACCACUUGCAGUUCGUAUAUCUUGCGAAGAAUAUGUUGAAGGCGGUUGGAAUAUGGAAGAUACAGUUAAUUUAGCAAAAGUUCUUGAUACUUUAGAUGUUGAUCUUUUAGAUUGUUCUUCAGGUGGUAACAAUUCAAAACAAGUUUUCAAAAAUGUUGGUCCACUCUAUCAAGUUCCAUUUGCUCAUCAAGCUAAACAAGCAGUAUCAAAACUUUUAAUUGGCGCAGUUGGUAUUAUCACAAAUGGUAAAGAUGCUGAGUCAGUUCUUCAAGAGGAAAAAUCAGAUUUAAUUUUAGUCGGUAGAGCUUUUUUGAAGAAUCCACAACUCACCUAUGAAUUUGCUCAACAAUUAGGUGUAGUUAUAAGCUAUAUUCCACAAUAUGAGCUUGGUAAUAGAAAAAAUAGAAUCGAUAUGUAAAACAAUAAAAUAAAAUAAAAACAAAAUAUACAAUAAAUUUAAUUUCUUUUUUAUAUAAACAAAAAAAAAAUUUAUUACCAAAAC